CUGGUUUUGAAAAGCUAUCAUGGCAACUUUCUCUGGAUCUCAAGGAUUGCCUCUACAACUUGAAAUAUCACACCUGAAUGAGGUUUUGGUGCUUUUAAGAAAGUGUGGGUUCACUGAUAAGAGAUGGUUUGAGCUGGGACUGGCUUUAGGCUUGUCAAAGAAUACACUGGACACCAUUGAAAUCAAUUACCCUCGUGAUACUAGUCGUUGCUUGUUGGAAUGUCUCUCUAAGUGGCUGGAAAAAGCUGAUGAUGUGAACAGUAAAGGAGGAGCUACGUAUGAGUCACUGUCAACUGCCAUUAGAGAUAUGAAUGAAAAUGCAGUAGCUGAAAAUAUAGAAAAAGAGAAGUGUCCUGAAGUUCUUGCUGUUCAUAUUUUCAAUAAGCACCUUCCCCUCCUCUCCAAGUCUCUCUCUGAUCCUGUUAAUGUUGCUAGGUUGCUUUAUGGAGAGCAUGUAAUAACACAGCUAAAGUUACAUAGUGUGGAAGAUGAUAGUCUGUCUCUUUCUAAUAAACGACAAGUCCUGCUAGCUGCUGUCAAGGAUGCUAUUCAAGCUGAUCAUGUUGCUCUACAAAAGUUUUCUAUUGUUUUGUGUCAUCUAACGCGUAAUGUCAAACUCGGAGAAAGUAUCCUUACAGACUAUGGAAUAUAUUUUCCCAGCAAUGAAGAAACUUCAAUCGUCAACAUUCAAGAAGUUCUUUUAAGUACUGAAUCAAGUGAUACAGUCUCACCUACACCUAAAACUGUUGAAGUUGUUAUUCCCAGAAGCAAGAGUGAAGAAUUCACCACUCUUAGGUUAUCAUAUGCCAAAAUGUCAUACAAUGUUCGAAAGGCUAUCAAAAAUGCAAACAUUGACUUGGAAGAUUUAAAGGACUUCAUCAUUAGCAUGGACAAUAAACUUGAAAAGAAGUUAGAAGAAUGUCAAAAUAUUUCAAGCACCUUAAGUGUCAUCGAUAAAGAAUGUUCAUUGAUUGAUAUUGGACUUUUUCGUGCAGUGGUAGAAAAUUUUGAAAUUGUUGCAGCUGAUAAGCUCAUCAAAGAAUACCAUGAUUUUUCAAAGGAAUAUUUUCAGUCCAGUCCCAUUGCUUGCUAUCUAAAAGAAAAGCUUGAAGCUUCUGCAACUUGCCCUGCUCUUCAGUGUGAAACAGUGACCUAUGUUUUUGACUGGAAACCUGGUGAGACAAAAUUAGAUGACAUCAAAAAUAUACUUUCCAAGACAUCCGGUAAACUAGUGAAGAUAAAGUAUGCUGACACAGGUGAUUCCAUUAGCAUCACUUGCACUUUUUCGUAUCAUCUCACUGGAGUCCUCAUUACACAGCUAAUGGAUAAUUUGCAGUUUUUGAAAAAGAAUGAUUUGAAAAAGCUUACCAUUGGAUACUGGAUAAUGUGGGAAAGAGAAGGAAAGGAAGAAAAGGAGACAGAGCAAUUGCUGGAAGAGAAGGAGCCAAAAACAAGCCUAAAGGAGGAAUAUCAAAAGGAAAAAAGUAGUGAAAAAAAGGACAAUGUUGAAGAACAAAAAGCAGAAGCAGAAAAACAAUUAUUAUUAAAACGUGACGCAAGUGUGCAUACAAGUGAUUUACAUUGGAGUAAUUUGUAA